UCCGCCUCUUUUCAUAUCUGUCAAAGUCGGGUAGUCGUCAGACGGCGCUACGUUUUCAAAUUAUUAUAGCAGGUGUGUGUGUGUGACUGUGUGCUUGAUUUAACGGCUCGUGUUUAUAAAUCAAACCAAAAGUAGUUUCACGAGCCCAAAUAUGGAAUCUACCGCCAAUACAGUUUCAUCGCCGAGUAAACUGUUACCAAGGGCGUGUCAUGAACGUGUGUCGGCUGAAAAUGAAAAAGACAAGUGUCAAGAGAAGUCGCUGGUCGAAACGAGUCACUUUGAGUUCGACGAAGUGGAUGGCUUGCGAGGAAAAGCAAAUUUUAACUGGCUCGAUGUAGUCUGCAUCGUUGUUUCCAUCAGCAGUUAUUUGGCUGAUCUUAUCACUGACGGAUUUAUGGCUGCCACAUAUUUCAAUUUGGGGCACCAUUGGUAUUUUGGGUUUACAUUGGCUUUCGUGGCCAUACCUGCUCUCACCAUGUCUGGUUUGAGUACAAAGUGGUACAUUAAAGAUCAGAACAACCAAAACUUUCCUCCAGUGUCUACAUGUACCUGGGUGUUUCGCAUAUUCUGCCUAAUAUUUUUUCUUUCUCCAGUCGCAAGAUAUGUUGACACCCUUCGCUAUGGACUUCAAAGUAGACGAGCCAAAAAGAGGAAGGAAUACAACAAAAUGGGCCAGUGUUAUGCUAGAAUGGCCUAUGAAGAUGCUGAUGCCACAUUCCUAAGACUGUUUGAAUGUUUCAUGGAAUCUGCUCCACAGCUAGUGUUACAGUUGUACAUUAUGGCAAAAAACACUUUCAGUUUUGGAACUGAUCCUAUAGCUGUGACUUUCCAAGCUGCCUCUGUUGUCACUUCUGUCGUCAGCUUGGCGUGGGCAUUGACGACUUACAACAGAUCACUGCGCUUUGCCCAAGUAGACAAGGAAAACAUUCAUUUGCUGGGAACUUGCGUUCUCUUCUUAGCUCAUCUUUUUGGGAUAGUUGCUCGAGUCAUUGCACUGACUGUCUUUGCUUCCGAAUACGGUUGGUUUAUUUGGCCUGUCUGUCUUGGCCACUGGAUCCUAAUGGCUAUAUGGCUUUGGUUGCAGGCAACAGCCGCGUGCUCCACCCGCACGGAAGAAUUCUUCUUUUGCCUUAUUUUAGCCAUCAUCCAUGUCUUCACAUUCUUCAACGUCAAACCCGAUCGAACACGUUUCCGAUAUGCUUUCUAUUACGCUGUUUGUUUUUUCGAGAACACCAUUCUUAUGGUGUUGUGGUGGAUUAAGGUUGCUGAUAUAGCCCCACCUCGUCCUUGGUUUCACUUCCCGGCCCUGUUCGGCCAGAUAGGAUCCUUUGUACUGAGUAUCGCUCUACUUGCAUUUUACUACAAGUGUCUUCAUCCGAACCUGUUGCUGCCCAAUGUCGGCAUAUGCAACAAGGAUGGAGCAACCUUAUGCCUAAGCGAUACUCACCCUCCUAUAAUCAAUGGUGUUCCUUCCCCUCGUACUAGUCCGGCUCGACUCGGCAGACUCGACAUCAUUCAACGCGAAGAUGUCCAUCCUGAAAUGUAGAAUCUCUAUUUCUGUCCUCCACUUUGAAAAGAUCUGAAUUGAUCUUAUUUCCGAUGACUUGACAAACUUUUCUGUACAUACUCGUCAGCUUCAAUCAGGGAAUAACUUGACUUGCGCAUUUGCACUUUUUUGUGGUUUGCUCUUUCGUGAUACCCUCGCACUUACUUACUGCUGCUGCUAAGCACAAUUUCCUAUGAUAAUAAUACACCGUAUUUUGCACUACCGUGUUUGUAUUAAAAAUACCCUUGAUAAGUAAUGUGAUCUGUGUAUUUUCACGACGUGGUUGAUGCUAUAUGCGUUGCUUUCAAUAACCUUUUAAAUUGUAACGCCUUGGAAGUUUAGUAGAGAUAGAAAACGAAAUGUAGGGGAGAGACCGGGACUAUGUGGGACAUGGGGCUACAUGGGACAUCGCAGUUUUGAGCAUGUUCCCGUAAUUUUUUUAAAAUAAUUUUUGUUACCAUAUUUGAGCAUUUACCAUUCCCCAUGUUGGGUAAAAAAAUUAUUAAAAAAGAAAUUACGGGAACAAUGGAACAUGCUCAAAACUGAGAUGUCCCCAUAACCAUAUAUGGGCUGAUGACGCGCACCGAGACGCCUCCCAUAAGUUACAUCAGCGUAUUAGUUACAGUAACAUUGCAAGUUACAUUGCAUGCAAAACGAUCAUUCUCAUUAUUCGAAACCGGUGCCUUCGCCUGAACGAUCACUUUUCUUUGGGUCCCGCCAUAGUAUGGUCGUUCUCAUAUCUUCUUCUUGCUUUGGUAUUCCAUAAAUACUCAACAAAGGCAACAUUUCAAGUGACAUUCCGUUUUUAGUGACAUACUAAGUUGUGAGAAGAAAACCCAGUGAUUCUGUCUAUUGAUGGUGGUCGCCGUAAAAACUGCUUCAGUUCAGAGACAAACCCCCAGCCUAAAAUAUGGCGGACCCUGUGGAAAAUAGUGUUGUUAAUCGUGAAGUUGGUGAUUCAGACAAUAGUACUUCGGAACUCGCUGAUGUUGUUGCUGAUGAGCGUCCAGGAACAUCGGUUGACCUAUAUAUUGUAAGUUCUCUUGAUGACGUCAUUCACGAAACUGUGAGCCACUAUGGUCGGGAUUGCGAAACUCUUCUAAGAGAUGGAGGAACAUCAGAAGUUAUACUGAAUAUGUUCUGGAUUGUGGUUUCAUCGAUCUUGUAUGUGUUUGAUGUUGCAACUGAUUUUGUUUGGGUUGCUGUACAUUAUAGAAACAACGACUAUUGGUAUUUUGGGCUUACGCUGUUCUUUUCCACGACCCCUUCCCUUGUCAUGGCCAUUGUAAGUGCCAAUUGGUAUAGGGCAGAAAGAAAUAAGGAUCUAAAUGACGCAAAUAAAUUAAACAUCAGGGAUCUAUUUCCUCCUGAAUCAAAACCCAUCUUCAUUUUAAAAUGUGUGUGUGGGUUUUUUCUUCUUGGACCUCUCCCUAGAUAUUGUGAAGCGCUUUACUACGGAGUACAGUGUAUUCAGUUCUACGCUAAAGCUGUCCAAUUUCCUCCCUUCCAUGGAGCAAAAAAAAAGGAAGCGUCCACCAAAAUGGGCCAGUGUUUUUUUCGGAUGACAUACGAAAAUGCCGAUGCCACAUUCCUCACACUAUUUGAAUGUUUUAUGGAAUCGGCUCCGCAGCUAGCCUUACAGCUGUACAGACUGUCAGUCAAGAAGUUUGACUUUGGAGAAAACAUUUUUUAUAGUGUUGUCUCUGUGGUAUUUUCCUUCACCAGUCUUUCUUGGACAUUAAUGAUUUAUGAUCGGAAGCUGUGUUUUAUGAAAGGAAUUUCGGAGAGAGCAUCUCAACAACAGCCCAUUCUGUCUUGUGUCUUGCAAGGGCUGAAUAACGUGUCGAUUAUAAAAAUUGCUCAAAAAUUUCCCAUGAAAAAGUGCCUUCUUCUAUUUUUUGCAAAUCUUUUUUGGAUAGUUUCUCGUUUCAUCCCGCUGAUUUCGUUUACUUCCGUUUACGGCUGGAUCAUUUGUGUCAUCUGCCUUAUCCACUCUAUCCUGUUGGCUUUGUGGCAUUGGUGGAAGAAAUACAACAUUACUUACACGUCA